GUAUGCAUUGGGGGUUCUUUUGAGUUUCAUGGUUGGAAUGGAUUUGCAACCUGGGAGCGAUGGCGAGGGAGAGAGCUUGGAUGUGGUCAUUCUCUCCGGGCAGAGCAACAUGGCCGGGAGGGGCGGCGUCCAUGCCGUAGGGCAGCGCAGGGAAUGGGAUGGAUUUGUUCCACAGGAGAGCUGGGCACCAAAUGGCACAAUCAAGAGGCUCAAUGUGGAUCUGGAAUGGGAGGAUGCCGCCGAGCCAUUGCACAGAGACAUUGAUACUGGCAAAGUUUGUGGGAUUGGGCCUGGCUUGACGUUUGGAGCGGCAUUGAUCAACCAGCAGAGAAGUAGAUUCCUGGGCCUCGUGCCUUGCGCCAAGGGCGCCACUUCCAUCACGGAAUGGACGAAAGGGAGCUUUCUAUACGAGCGGAUGAUCAAGAGGGCGAAGGAAGCCAUUCGCAAAGGUGGCGUUUUGAGAGCGCUCUUGUGGUACCAAGGCGAGACUGAUACACUCUCGGAGCACCUCGCGAGGAAUUACAAGAGAGCUCUCGAGGCUUUCAUUGGCAACGUAAGGUCUGAUCUAGGCUGGGAUCAGUUGCCAUUCAUCCAGGUCGGAAUCACUGCUCACAAUCAUCCUCACCCCCGUCUUCUUCAGCUGGUUCGUCAGGCCCAGCAACAAAUCCACAUUGCGAAUGUGUUUUACGUGGAUGCACACGGCUUGGCUCUGCAGGAAGAUGGAGUUCAUCUCACUACUGCCUCGCAGGUUGAGCUCGGCAAAAAACUUGCCCAAAGUUUCAUCUCCAAUGUCCCCCCAUGAUUUCCAUCCAGAUUAUUCCCCGACCAUUCUUCUAUAUGGAAAAAAAGCUGGCCAAAGGGUAAUCCUCUCAACCUAAAGGAUUUUCAGCAAAAUGGGUGCCAUCUUGAACAUCUCGAAGGUGUUCUUAAGCUUUCAUUCGAACUGAAGUGAGAACUCGCUGAGCAAGAAUUCUAUAAGCCGAGGAACCAGGAUUCCAUCUUCUUUCUCCAUCAAAUUCUCAAUCUAAGAUCGCAAGAUGAUCAAAUUCUUGGUAA